AUGGUGGCGGUUUUAGAGGAGGAUGAUGUAGAUUUUAUAGCAGCAGUACAACAGCUUAUGUACGUGAUUUGGGAGGCUCGGAACUCCAUGGUGUUCAAUGGGAGGAAACUGGAUGUGGGAGAUGUGCUGCGGAGGUCAUCCAUGUUGAAGCCUUGGGAUGAUGGUAUUCAUACUCCUCAAUCACUGACAGCUUCACGCCCUGCAAAUUGGAAGAGGCCAGAGGAAGGAAUUGUCAAAAUAAAUUUUGAUGCUUCAGUUAAGAACGAGAUUGGUGGUCUAGGAAUGGUGGCUCGGGAUUCUCAUGGUGCGAUUCUAGGAGCUGCAGCUUUAUAUCCGGUUAGUGUGAUCUCCCCUUUGCUUGGCGAGGCUUGCGGUUUCCGAUGGGCACUGAAGUUGGCGACGGAGUUUGGUUUCCGAUCAGUUUGCUUUGAAACUGACUGCUUACAGCUAUUUGAAUGGUGGAAGAAGGGCUCUAUUGGUUUGUCUUAUUUAGAUACUAUUGUUCGCGAAUGUCGUCUUUUUACUUCUGCUUUUAGUUAUUUUCAGUUUACCUUUGUGAGACGUUCAGGUAAUUUAGUUGCCGAUUUUUUGGCUAGGAAUGCCUCUAAUUUCCCCAACUCCGUUUGGGUGGAAGAGGUACCUCAUGAUGUAGAUCACUUGGUGAUCAACGAUGCUUUGGCUUCAUCGCCUGAUUUGAUUUAA